GCAAAAUACACUCUCGCGCGGAAGAUCACGAAGUGUGGACGCUUGUUCAAAUUUCAAAGCAUCUGGACAGAAUGGAUGACAAGGUAAAACAACCCCAAAAUUAACGCCUUAAAUUGCACAAUUGCAUUCUUGAAAAGAGAAGUCUUGAAGGACUGGUUCUAAUGUGACAUACAUUUCACCAGAAAAGACUUAACAACCACAUUUGAUUUGUAGUGAGUUCAUGCAGAAGAAUAUGGCAGUAAUAAGGUAACCAAAGGACAGAUCAAUCCAAAAAUACAAUGAAAAGCAAAAAGGGAAAUGCAUCUAAAACAAAAGAAGAGUCUACUGAAAAUUUUGAAGAUUUGGAAAGUGAACACCAUUCCAACAAAGGUAGAGCAAGACGUGGAAUGCAGAAAGAAUCUACUGAGUUUUUAGAGCCUUCUCCAGGUGAUCUAGAUACUGUUUGUAAUAGAAAUAUAUGUCAAGGUGUUCUUGAGAAAUUUGAUUAUCUUCAGAGAAAAAUGAAGUUGGAAAAUGCUGAAUCUACUGAAUCUGCUGAAUCUACUGAAGGUAAAAAGGGUAGAAAGAAGAAAUUUGUUGAAAAAACUUGUGACAAUUCAGAUGAAGUCAAUGACAAUGUUAAGAAAAGUAUAAUUGAGCAGAAAAAGGAUUCUGUUGAAGAGGAUGAGCCAAGUAAGAAACAUAAAAGAUCACAUACUGGGGAAAGAAGGACCAAAAACCAAUGUGAUACUAUUAAAAAAGGUGCAAAAGCAAAAAGAACCAUUUGCAAAAAAGAGACAGAAGAAUCAUUAAAAGAAGUUCAGGCUCAAGUUGAACAGCGAAGACUUUCAAAUAAACUAAAGAAGGCAGCAGGGAGCAAUGAAAUAGUUCCUGGUGACAGUAAGUGUGACGUUCAAAACAAGGGGUGCAAAAAAUCUAAAACUUUAAAUGGAAGUGUUCAACAGUAUGACAAAAGUCCCAGCAUUAGAGACUCAUCAAAUAUAUCAAAAGAGUUGGAUGUUAAUGCAUGUCCUGUGACUCCAAUUUACAGUGACAAUCAAUUAAGUAAAAAUAGUAUUAUCAGUUCUGGAGAUAAAAAGGAUCGUUCAGAUGAGAAUGGAAAAUUAGAUUGGAGAGAACGCCUUCUUUUCCUUGAGAUGUCGCACCAUAAAUUUGAUGUUGAUAUAAAUUCUGCUGAAGAUGACACAAGUGAGAAAAGUACAAGAAGGAGGACACGAAGUGGAGAAUCUAAUGAUUUAAAUGAAGAUAAAAACGGAGGAAGACCCAAAAGACUGAAUUGUAACCUAAAGAAUGUUAAAGAAAGUAAAGACAUUUGUUUCAGUGCCUCAACACCACUAAACCAUUCCAAAAUCAAAAAAAGAUAUUCAAAGAAGAAAACCUGUAAAAGAAAGAUCAGACUUGCUCCAGGUAAAAGUAAGCAGAAAAAAAGUAGUGACAUUUCAGUCGAUGAUGAGCAGGAUACAGUUAGCGUAGCCUCGUCAUUAGAUUUGUCUUUACCUACACCAAGACCUCCGAGAGUCGGCUCGAAUUAUCCCUUCAGUUUCAGUUUAUCCUUUGAUGAAACGAAAAUGGAUGAUGAUUGUUCCAGUGAUGAAGAUCUCCCUGUUGGCCUUACACCACUAAAAUUAGAAAAGACGCCAUCUGAGAAUGACAUAGUAUGGGUGAAGUGGAAAAAGUGGCCCCAUUUACCGGCUUUGGUACGGAAAGUGUACAAGAAAAAAAAGCGUGUCACAUGUGCCGUGUUUUUCCCAACUGGUUUUGAAGAGGAUUUUACGUUGAGCUACGGUAACCAAGGGGCGGUCAUACCUUACUGUGAUCCUAAAAAGGACGAGAUUUUGGAAAGUGCCAAGGACCUGUCAUCAGUUGACCGGACUUUCUUCUGGGCCUGCUUAGCUGAAGCUCAAAAUUAUAUGACAAAGGAGGCAUUAAAAGGCCUAAGAAGUCCAGAACCCUUAAAAGAAAACGUAACACAAGAAGAAGAGCCUGAAGACAUAAAAGAUGAUAACUGUGAAGUGGAGAAUGAAGAGAAGAUAACUCCGUGCAGGAAAAGACGGAAAAUGUCCGACUGUAUUGUGACAAAGGUUGAGAACAAUGGUCUCUCCAAACAAGGGCAAGAACGGGUAGAGAAGAGGAAAUUAAAAACCAGACCACUGAUAGAUUUCCUUAUAUCUGAUACUACAAAGGAUUUCUUAGAGAAGAUUUAUAAUGGUACGACUAAAAGUGAACUGCAUGAUAAGUUUUUAACCGGUACCAUUAGAGAGCGAGCUAAAAUGAAACAUCGCGGAUUUGGUCCGAUUGACGAUGAUGAACAGAUAGAGUUACUACUGAGCACAUACUUGACAUGGAUUAAACAGAUAAAUAAGAACAUACAUUUAGAUGAUGUCAACUAUGUGUUUGAUGUAUGGGUACCAGAG